CAGAAAAACAAGAGCAGCAGUAACCUGUGGAAGACCAAAGCACCAUGAAGAAUCCCACUCUGUGUGUCCUGCUCAGUCUGGUGAUUGCAGCUCACUCCAGUCCAAUAUCAACAGCUCUUAACAAGCAAGAUGAGGACAUGGCAGAGAGGUACCUGAAACGAUUCUAUGACUUGCAAGAGCCAGAAGAUCCAGUUCCCUGGCACAAAACAAACCUGCAGGAACUGAAACUACGUGAGAUGCAACAGUUUCUUGGACUCCGUGUGACGGGAAAGCUGAACUCUGAAACUCUGGAGGCCAUGAAAAAGCCUCGCUGUGGAGUUCCUGAUGUUGCUGAAUAUUCCAUUUUUGGUCAAGGGCUCAAAUGGAACUCCAACAAGUUAACAUACAGAAUUGAAAACUACACACCUGAUAUGACUGUGGCUGAAGUGGAUGACACCAUUGAAAGAGCACUACAAGUGUGGGCAAAAGUUACCCCCCUGAGAUUUACCCGCAUCCACAGUGGCAUAGCGGAUAUCAUGGUGUCCUUUGGUAAAAGAGAUCAUGGUGAUUUCUACCCUUUCGAUGGGCCAGGUAAUACUUUAGCUCAUGCAUUUGCACCAUCUGCUGGAAUUGGAGGCGAUGCACAUUUUGAUGAUGAUGAGACUUUCACUUACCGUUCCUCUCGUGGUUACAUAUUGUUCUUGGUGGCUGCCCAUGAGUUUGGUCACUCGUUGGGCUUGGGCCAUUCACAGGACCUUGGUGCCCUCAUGUAUCCGAUGUACAUUGACAGAGAUCCUGACAAUUUUGUGUUGUCAGCAGAUGACGUCACGGGGAUACAGUCUCUUUAUGGCCCAAACAUCGAUGUGAACCCUGAAGACCCUGAUCCUAAGCCUCCCACUACACCUAACGCCUGUGAUCCUAAGAUGGUGCUUGAUGCAGUCACAACUUUGCGUGGAGAGAUGAUAUUCUUCAAGGACAGAUUCAUCUGGCGGAGUUAUCCACUGAGACCAAAUCCUCAACUAACCCUAAUGAGUAACUACUUCCCUGAUGUCCCAGAGAAUAUUGAUGCAGCCUACGAAAAUCCACAAUCUCAGACAGUGUUCAUUUUCAAAGGUCAAAAGGUUUGGUCACUGAAUGGACAGGUCCUUGAAAAGGGAUAUCCCAAGAGCAUAACCAGCAUGGGUUUACCAAACUCUGUGAAGUACAUCACUGCUGCACUUCAUGAUCCUGUCAGCCGCAAGACAUUGUUCUUUGUUGACAAGCACUACUACAGCUAUGAUGAAAUACAGAAGAAAAUGGAUGAGGGAUAUCCUAAACUGGUGGCAGCUAGUUUUCGUAGGAUGACUGGAAAAGUGACUGCUGCUUUCAUGUUCAAAGGUUAUGCAUACCUCUACAGUGGCCCCAAGAUGUAUGAAUACCACUACAGGACCAGGAAAUUCUACCGGAAGCUGACCACAAACUAUGUAUUUAGCUGUUAGGUGUUACAUACACUCCUAUUCUUUCUAUUUGAUUUAUGAAUGUCAAAGGUAACAUUGAUGGUAUGUUGAACACUUAAAAUUGUAAAUUAUUUUACAUGAUAUUCAUGUGAAAUGAAUGGCAUGCAUGGUUGUGAAUUGAGUGAAAAAUUGAAUGAAAAGUUGUUCAAUAAAGAUGGAUGUCUGGUACACUA